UUUUUUAAAUUAGAGCCUUGAUUUGAUUUCUAUUAGAGAUGACUUGAUGAUAAUUUUACAGAUUUAUCUUCAGAAUAAGCAGAACAUCACUGUAAUUUCACUGACAUGUUUAUGGGAGAUUGUAUGAAGGAAGUCUUUGUAAAGAUAGCUGUGUCUGAGCAUGCCUGCAGCCCUCUCCCCUUGUCUGAUUUCUAUUUUCUCCCAUGUGUUUCUGCAGCUGUGCAUGUCACUCCUCCCCUCAGUCUGCCGUUGGGGGUAAAGGACUUUGGGGCUCCGCAGAACCAGGCAGUCAUGGAGUUUCGACAGGCAGGACUGAUUGCUGCUUUCCUGCUGACUCUGCUCUCAGCUGAGUGUUGGGGCAGGAAUGAGGAGGAGCGUCUGAUCAAUCAUCUGUUCAUCGACAAAAGUUACAACAAAGAGCUGCGACCCGUCGAGCGACCAGAGGACACCGUGGAUGUUUUCCUCGCCCUCACACUCUCCAACCUCAUCUCUCUGAAAGAAGCAGAUGAGACGCUGCUGACCAACGUCUGGAUUGAACACACGUGGUACGACACCAGGAUGUCCUGGAACAUGUCUGAGUUUGAUGGCAUUGAAAUGCUCCGUCUGCCAUCCAGCAUGGUGUGGCUGCCGGAGAUCGUCCUGGAAAACAACAACGAUGCCCAGUUUGAGGUGGCGUACUACAGCAACGUACUGGUGUCCCCUGAUGGACUCUGCUACUGGCUACCUCCAGCCAUCUUCAGGUCCUCAUGCUCCAUCAACGUCAACUAUUUCCCCUUUGACUGGCAGAACUGCACGCUUAAGUUCACGUCUUUGACCUACAACGCCAGGGAGAUCCGGAUGCUGCUGAAAGAAGACGAAGAAAAGCUAGAAAAUAAUUCAACCAGAACGUGGACGGUGGAGUGGAUCAUCAUCGACCCUGAGAGCUUCACCGAAAACGGCGAGUGGGAGAUCAUCCAUCGACCGGCCAAAAAAAACAUCUACAAGCACAUUCCCAUGGAGAGCAACAAGCACCAGGACAUCACCUUCUACCUGGUCAUCAAGCGCAAACCUCUGUUCUACAUCGUCAACAUCAUCAUCCCCUGUGUGCUCAUCUCCUUCCUGGCCUCGUUCGUCUAUUACCUGCCGGCUGACAGCGGUGAGAAGAUGACCUUGUCCAUCUCAGUGCUGCUGGCUCAGUCUGUCUUCCUGCUGCUGAUUUCUCAAAGGCUUCCAGAGACGUCCAUGUCUGUCCCGCUCAUUGUCAAGUACUUGAUGUUCAUCAUGGUGCUCGUCACGGUGGUGGUGUUGAACUGUGUGGUCGUCCUCAACCUGCACUUCAGGACGCCAAGCACACACGUCAUGACUCGAUGGACCAAGAGGUUUUUCCUUGAGCGGCUGCCCCGAAUCUUGCACAUGUCCCAGCCGGCGGAGCCAGAGCCGCAGUGGGAUGGUGCGUUGCCACGGCGAUCCAGCUCGGUGGGAUACAUUGCUGCGGCCGAUGAGUAUUACAGUGUGAAGUCCCGCAGCGAGCUGAUGUUUGAGAAGCAGUCAGAGAGGCACGGGCUCACCAAGAGACCCACGCAUGCUGCAGUGGUGAAACCUCAGGAAGAUGGAGGUGUGACAGAUCAGCUGUAUGCAGAGAUCAAGCCGGCGGUGGAUGGAGCAAACUACAUUAUCAGACACAGACGCAACAAGAACGACUACAACGAGGAGAAGGACAACUGGAGUGGCAUCGCUCGCACGGUUGACCGCCUCUGCUUCUUCCUCAUCACUCCAGUCAUGACCUUUGGUACCAUCAUCAUCUUCCUCAUGGGAAUUUGCAAUCACCCUCCCCAUCUGCCCUUUAAGGGAGACCCGCAUGACUACAAGGAGAACAACCCACGACUGCUGUAACACCAGAUGAUUCAGAGCUGGUUCCCUCUUUGUGUUUUCAUGCUGCAAUUGUGUGUGGCAGCUCAUCUAUGUUUAACCAGUUUUACUCUUUUACGUUAUAGUUGUAGUCAUGAUUGACCUGUACAUCACAGGACUGCUGGAGCCUAUCCAGCAGCAGUUCAAUCAUUAUGUUUAGCUCAGUUUAUUGUUAAAGCAUGUUUAUAUACAUUUUGAGUUUCUGUUUAUGUUCUUUGAUGUAAUGUAACUUUUCAACCGUUAACAUAAUGAUUCCAGUAGAUUGUGAAGGCGAAAAGCGGCUCGUCGAGAUGCUUUUCUCCUUCACAAUCUACUGGAAUCAUCGUGUAAACUUUUGAAAAGUUACAGUAAAUUAUUUUCACGAUAAUCUAAAUGUUGAGACGUAUCUGUGGGCUUUCAGUCGUACACUAGAACUUCUCUGAUGCUGCCUAAUGUGAGUACAUACAACCAGACUGCUGUCUGACUGCAUAUCAUAAAGAAUGAUAUAUUUCUCUUUCAUGAAGGCAGAUGGAGCAAAGAAGCUGUGGUGUUUUAGUUUCAUGAUCAGUCUGUUUGUGGUAAUGCUGUGCCGAUAUCAAUAAAAAGAAGCAACUGAUGAA